AUGAGUUAUUUACCUCCCAAUUCGCCGCUAUUCACGGCUCAACAAUUGGAACCAGUAAAUACCAAUGCUUCAGGUACUGGUGAAGGAUCUUUAAUCCCCCAAUUACCGGAAAAACCUAUAGCUUCCACUGCUUCCAUGCAAUUAUAUAUUAUCCCUACUGAGAAGACAUUAUUCUUUCAGGGGUUUGAUGCUAAUGAAUAUAGCGAAAGGCAGCCUGUGAUGUUAAGAGGAUGCUUGUUUUUAAGAGUGUUGAAACCUAGUAAAGUUAAAUCCAUUGCUUUGAGUUUCCAAGGACAUCAACGUACUGAUUGGCCCGAGGGUAUACCUCCCAAAAAGAACGUUUUCGCCGAAGAUAUUGAUAUUAUCAAUCAUACAUGGCCAUUUUAUUCCAUGUCCAAUCCAUUGAACUCAAUCAAUGGUGGUGCCGACCUUUAUAGUGAGUUACCGAAGCAUAUAGACAGAGAUAUUUCUCAUUUGAAUUUAAACGAUAGUGGUAAUAGAACCCAUUCUUCAUCUUUGGGGAACCUUGAGGCAUUAAAUUCCAAUAGUGGGACUACUGGGAGUUUCCUUUUCCGAAACAUUGGUACCAAUAAGAAAACGGCAUCCCCAGGUUUAAACCCCGUUGACUCGUUUCCCGAUUUGGCAGCUGUCAAUACUGCUGAAAGUGAGAUCGGUAAACCAGGAACUUUUCCUCCAGGGGAUUAUAUUUACAAUUUUGAACAUCCGUUGCAUCCUUCAUUACCUGAGACCACCCAUGUGACUUUUGGAGACGUAGAUUACCAUCUCGAAGCCACCGUUAUACGAGCAGGUGUAUUCAGUACCAAUUUGUCAGGAAAACUUCCAAUAACAUUAGUAAGGACUCCAUCUGAACUGAAUCUUGAAGAGAAUGAACCUAUUGUUAUUACCAGAGACUGGGAAGAUCAAUUACGAUAUGACAUUGUUAUUGGAGGUAAAUCUAUCAUCUUGGAUUCUUACCUCCCUUUAGCUUUCAGAUUCGUACCAUUAUGGGGGAAAGUAGCAUUACACAGAAUCAGAGUUUACUUAACAGAAAACUUAGAAUAUUAUUGUCAGAACAAAAAGGUCCACAGAAUGGAACCCUCUAAGAAAUAUUUAUUGUUAGAACAUAAGGCUAAGAAGGGGAAGUCAUUAUUGUCGAGGAAAGAUAAUGGAGAAUAUGGUGAUGAGAAUGAUGAGCUUUUACCACGAGAAUUAGAAUUUCAAUUGUUCGUUCCAAGGACAUUGAAUGGUAAGGCUAACCAUGUAUUACAUCCGGAUACGUCAUUCGAAGAUAUUCAAUCUCAUCAUUGGAUAAAGCUUUGUUUGAGAAUCUCAAAGAUUGAUCCUGAAAACGAUAAUAAGAGGAAACAUUAUGAGAUUUCUAUCGAUUCACCUAUUCAUGUUUUAUCUACUUUAGCAGCACAUGGAAAUACCUUAUUACCAGCAUACGAUGAUCAGUUACCAGACAAUUCAUUCUUACCUGAAUAUACUCCAGGAUCUCCACCAUUAUCGCCAGGUGUUACGCCUAUCGAUACUACCCAUACCAUGGGCAAGUUGUUUUCAGCAUUGAAUAGGUCCAAUAGUUUGAGUUCUCAAAAGAGUAAGACCGAAAACGAAUUAGAAGCCAUAACUUCGAAUGAACGAUUCUAUCGUUUGAACAGUAGUAAUAAUAAUGAUGAACCAUUGGAGAGAGAUCAUGAUAUGCAUCUAGAAGCAAACCUAUAUAAGCCGGACUUAAAUGAUUCAAGAUCUCAAUUAACAUCUCCUCAAGCAACUCCUCAUCCAGGUAGUUUUUCACCAAUAAGUUCUCCAACCAUGAGACCUAUCCAUGUUUUGAGACGUCCUUCAUUCAAUCCACCUCCAUUUGAUGCUGACACUCCACCUCCGGAACUACCAGCAGACGUGCCUCCACCAGCAUAUGAAGAAGAGGACAGUGGAUCUAACGUUUCAUCUAUCAAGCCUAAUGAUUCGGUGAACAGCAAUUUAACACCACUUUCCACACGUUCUAGGUCUACCACAGCUACUAAUCCUAUUAGUAAUGUUGCUAAUAGUGACAUAUCCAUCAGAGAUUUAUUGACCCAUAGUUUUAGUAAUGUCAACAGUAAAAGAAAUUCAGUGGUUUCAAAGAAGAGUCAAAGUUCAAACGAUCUGAAGAAAGACAGUAAGAUCAGUUUACCUGAAAGGAAAUCCUAUGACUCGAGUAAUAAAGAUGAAAAAGAAGAAACAGCUUCCGUUCCUUCAUUAUCCAUCAAUGAUAGAUCAGUUCUCGAUAAAGAUGAUCCUUUGAGUCCUAAAAUGGAAGGGGAAAGUGAAGAAGAUAUAGUCGAUAUGAUAGGAUCUCCUGAACUCAUACCAAGAGCUGUUAGUCCUAGAAAUGGGUUGAGUCCUGUGGUGAGUCCUUUGGCUAGUCCAAGAAAUGGAUUAAGUCCUAUGGCCAGUCCCCGAAAAGAAUUGAGCCCCAUGGCAAGCCCACGGAAUUUAAGUCCCCAAGCUAGUCCUAAACCUCUUAGCCCAGUAGAAAGUCCAAAAAAGAUAAGUGAAUCACUCAGAUUGAACGAUGAUCAAUCAAGUGUUGAAAGCUCAUCUCGUAGAGGUUCUAUAGGUUCUGAAAUGUCUAAUGAUUUAUACAUGGGACAAAAGAUCCCAUUAUUGAGUUCAUCCACUCAAUCAUUAGUUACUAAUUUCGGUCCUCCUAAUACUAGAACGGCGUCGGUUGGGUCAAUGUUGUUUGAUAGUUCUCGAAGAAUGAGUUCUACCCAUAGACCCAGUAUUGUUGAUUUUAUGGAUGGAGGUGAUUUAGGAGGUGAUUAUUUGAAGAACAAUAUGAAUAUGAAACACUAUAAAGCAUUUUCUUUCGGUGCCAGUGAAAGACCCAAUUUGAAAGUUGAUGAUAUUAAAGAAGAAGAUCAAAACUAG